AUGUGUCAUGUAGGCCAUCCGUGCGACAUAGAAUCAAGCCCACGCCAAUGGGCUAUAGCAGAGUCUCAUGGCUGGGGCAAAUGGCCGGAGUCAUGGCAGAAGCCGGGUACCUUGACUCUACUCCAUAUCCCGCUUCGGGUGCACAAGAGGUCACCAGUCACCAGUCACCAGUCGCCAGUCACAGUCACCCAUCAUCCGUCACCAGCCUCCAACCCUCAGUCCUUGGUUCGAGAUAUGCCCAAUUCGGCCUGGUGCUGGCUGGCCGGCCAGUUGCCCCCUGGCCCUAUGAAUUUUACUGCUCGCACAGCCGGUAAACUGCUUUCCCAGCCGAACUCUACCAGCAGUUCUGUGAGGUCAAGUUGUCCGUCUGCCCAUGCCCUCUGUCAAUGCACAUUUGCUCUCGCCACCUUCUCGUCUCUGCUGCCAUCGCGACGGUAUCAUCGCGUCUGA